AGAAACUUCUGUUUUCUCCUGUAGAUAAAAAAGUGAAAGUACACAAACGUGAAGAAAAGGUGAAGCUCAAAGCAUUGAAAAAAAUGACAUUGGAAAAAAAGGUGGAGAAAGUAAAGAAAGUGGAAAAAAAACCGAGCAAAGAGGAAAAAAUAAAGCCUAAGCUCCAAGUGAAGGAGAAGGCAACAAAACGUGAGAAACCUAAAGAUGAAACAGAUAAAAGAGGUAAAAAGAGAGACAUGAAGGAGCCUGUGGAAUUGAAGAGUGAGAAAAUAGACAAAAAAAAGGAAAAAGUGAAAGAAACUAAAGAAAGCAAGCCAAAACCAAAGGAUAAAGAUCAGUAUCAGUUCUGUCGCUAUGUGAUUGACAUGUACACUCAUGGGGAUUUUUAUCCAGGACUUUCAGCGGCUCCUGCAGUCACUCCAGCUCCGGAACUAGUAAAAUCUCCAGAAAAGAAACCACCACUAAAGAAACCUGCAGGAUCAGUUGUUCACGAAAAGAAGGAUGCUGUCACUGAUGCCAAACCUAAAGCAAUUAAAAAACCAGAUGUAACACCAAAGAAAAAAGAUGCUGCUCCAGUAAAACUAGAGAAAGAGAAAUCUCAAGCAGCAAAACCAGUAGCAAAACCUACCAAAGAGAAGACAGCUCCUACAUCACCAAAAAAAGCAGAAAAGAAAUCGCCUCCUCCAGCUAUCAAAGCAACAAAAGUUGAAAAGGAACAUGUUGACCAGAUGACAAAAAAACCAGCGGCGGCUGCAACUACAAAACAAAAAACAGCCAAAGAUGCAUCAGUCAAACCUGCAGCAGCAGUGAAAUCAGAGAAAGGUAUUAAAGAGAAAGAGAAGAAAAAGAAACCUGGUGUUGCUGAAAAAGAGAAAGAAAAGCUGGCUGCAGCUGGAAAAGAAAAAGCAAAGGACAAGAAACCUACUCUUGCUGAAAAAGCUAAACCUGCAAAAGAGAAAACACCAGACAAACAGGGAAAACCUGAAAAAGCAGUGUCAAAGAAAGAAAAGCCAAAGCCUACUAAAGUGAAAGUUGGGCCAUCUGAAGGCAAAGCAAAAAAGCCUGAAAAGGGAAAGCAGAGACAGACUCCAAUCAAGUCAAAACCGAAAGAGCCGAAAGUUGUCAAAGAGAAAAAAACACAUCUUUCAUCAGCAGAGUCAGAAAAGCUGAAGAAAGCAAAAUCAAGUCUGGCAGACACAAAAAAAGAGAAAACAUCCAUGAAGCAGCCAACGCCAAAAACUACAAAAGAAGAUGCCAAAGCUGUGAAGAAAACGAAACAAAAACCUACGAAGGAAGAGGCCAAAGCUGUGAAGAAAACGAAACAAAAACCUACGAAGGAAGCAGUUCAGCCAAAAGCAACGGAGGCCAAAGCUGUGAAGAAAACGAAACAAAAACCUACGAAGGAAGAGGCCAAAGCUGUGAAGAAAACGAAACAAAAACCUACGAAGAAAGAGGCCAAUACUGCGAAGCAAGUGAAAUGGAAACCUACAAAAGAAGAGGCCAAAACUGUGAAGCAAGUGAAAGAAAAACCUACAAAGGAAGCAGUACAGCCAAAAGCAACAGAUGCCAAAGCUGUGAAGAAAACGAAACAAAAACCUACGAAGGAAGGUAACACAAAAAAGGCCGAAACUGUGCAGAAAGUGAAACAAAAGCCUCCAAAGGAAGAAGCCAAAACUGUGAAGCAAGUGAAAGAAAAACCUACAAAGGAAGGUAACACAAACAUUCAAGCUGUGAGAGCUUUAUGUCUGUUUCUAACCUCUUAAGUUCUCUUUUCUUCC